CACGUAAACAGGGUGGGAAGAAUGGGUUUGGCUCCUUUUGAGAGCUGUGAUUGGCCCUGCUUACUUUCCGUAAGACGGAAAUGGAAGGAGCCGGAAAAGGAAGAGGUUACGUACUGCAUCGGGAGUGUUAGGCUCCGCCCUCUUCUUUUCUACUCUCUCAAUCAGUGGGUUAUUACGUCACAGUAAUUGCUCUCCGAGAGUCGGAACCACCACCGGGAGCCACACUGUCCUUAGCAGAGCAGCAAGAGAAGUCCCGAGUCCUCCACCCCUUCCGCCGCGAUGGGAAUCUCGCCAGUCCCAAAGCAUGGAGCCGCAGGUUAAUCUAAAUGUGACUUUUAAAAAUGAAACACAAAGCUUCCUGGUUUCAGACUCAGAAAAUACAACCUGGGCUGAUGUGGAAGCAAUGGUAAAAGUUUCAUUUGAUCUGAACACCAUUCAGAUAAAAUACCUGGAUGAGGAUAGUGAAGAGGUGUCCAUCAAUAGUCAAGGAGAAUAUGAAGAAGCCCUUAAGAUUGCAGUUAAACAAGGGAAUCAGCUGCAGAUGAAUGUCUAUGAGAGACAUUCCACUGUAGAUGAAACUCCACAGCCUGGUUACAAGCAUCCACAGGAUCCACCUGGAAUUGAAAAACGACCAACUGUCCGAGCAGGGAAGAAGCCACUUGCACAUUACUCUUCAUUGGUGAGAGCCCUGGGAUCAGAGAUGAAAACACAAGAGGAGCCCACAGCACAGCUUUCACUCACUCCUUGUGAAGCUGACAAACCUCAAGAUAAGCCACCAGACUGGUUCACAAGGUACUUGGAGACGUUUAGAGAGCAAGUGGUUAAAGAAACGGUUGAGAAACUUGAUCAGAAAUUAAGGGAGAAGCUGGUCCUCCAGGGUCCAUCUUUGGAAUCCUGUUCCUCAGCAUUAUCCAUGCCUGUUGCAGAAGAAGCACUAUCGUUGCCAGGAAACCAGUGUGACUGGCUUAUGACUUGCAGCAACUGCCAGAGAAGAAUCAUUGGCAUACGUUACCAGUGUAGCCUGUGUCCCUCUUAUAAUAUAUGUGAAUUGUGUGAAGCAGGGUCAUAUGCCCACGAUCCUAACCAUAUUCUCUUGAAACUACGGAGGCCAAUUAUGGGUUCUUCUGAAACAUAUACUCAUACAAAGCUCUCCCCUCCUCGUCUGCCAGCUGCUCUGGAGCAAGUCAGGCUCCAGAAGCAGAUGGACAAGAACUUUCUUAAGGCAGAAAAGCAAAGGUUGCGAGCUGAGAAGAAACAGAGAAAGGCAGAAGUUAAGGAACUUAAGAAACAGCUUAAGCUUCAUAGGAAGAUUCAUCUGUGGAACUCUAUCCAUGGGCUGCAGAGUCCCAAAUCACCCCUUGGUAGGCCAGAGAGCCUCCUUCACUCAAGCACUCUGAUGCUCCCUAUGCAACCUUGUGCCCCAGUUGUGCCAACUCUGAGUGCAGCAUUUGUAGAUGAGAAUGUGCCAGAUGGGACCCACCUUCAACCAGGAACCAAAUUUAUUAAACACUGGAGGAUGAAAAAUACAGGAAAUGUCAAAUGGAGUGCAGAAACAAAGCUGAAAUUUAUGUGGGGAAACCUAACUUUGGCUUCUACUGAAAAGAAGGAUGUUUUGGUGCCCUAUUUAAAGGCUGGCCAUGUAGGAAUUGUGUCUGUUGAAUUCAUAGCCCCAGCCUUGGAGGGAACCUACACUUCACACUGGCGCCUUUCUCACAAGGGUGAGCAGUUUGGGCCCAGGGUCUGGUGCAGCAUCAUUGUGGACCCUUUCCCAACUAGAGAAAAUCUUGAAGACAGUGAAAAAGUCUCUUUCAGCACAAAUAAAGUUGAUGAUCUCUCCUGUCAGCAAGAGGAAACUUUCUCACUUGCUAAAGAGGAAAUUCAGAUCGACGAAGUGAUUGAAUCAACAGAGGAAGCAGAAACUUGCCUCCCUCGGAAGAUCAAAAGUGUUCCUAGUGAGAGGGAGCUCUACAUCCCAUCUGUGGACCUCCUCACUGCGCAGGAUUUGCUGUCAUUUGAGUUAUUAGACAUAAACAUUGUUCAAGAGCUAGAGCGAGUACCCCACAACACCCCAGUUGAUAUGACCCCCUGCAUGUCUCCUCUACCACAUGACAGCCCUUUGAUAGAGAAACCAGGUUUGGGACAGAUACAAGAGGAGAGUGAAGGGACAGGAUUUAAAGUGCUUCCUGAUUCCACAAUGGCAUCAAAGACUAAAGCUGAAAACACCGUUCCUGCAGAAGAAGGUGAAGAAGACCUGAGUGGGACCCAGUUUGUUUGUGAAACUGUAAUCCGCUCCCUUACUUUGGAUGCUGCUCCUGACCAUAAUCCACCUCGAAGACCCAAAUCCCUGCAGAGCUCUCUGCAUAUGUUGCCUGACAACUUUAAUUAUGGUAUCAAGAGUGAAGAAACCAUCAGAACUCAGUUCUCUUCUUUAGAAGGAGAAUCACAGCCCCAGCUCAUUGAAGAGAGGCAGCCAGCCCAGUCAGAUGGUUUCAGCAAAGAGAAAUCCUCAUCGAAUUCCAUUCUUCCUGAGGAGAGACUGAGGAGUGAUGAAAAAAAGGACACUAUCCAGUUGGUAGAGGAGGAAGAGGAAGAGGAAGAAGAACUUAAAGAUGAAGUCCGAAGUCAGGGCUCUUCUGCUUCUUCUGAGGAUUACAUCAUCAUCUUGCCUGAGUGCUUUGAUACAAGCCGUCCCCUAGGAGAGUCGAUGUAUAGUUCUGCUCUCUCACAGCCAGGCCUAGAACGGCUCAUGGAAAUAGAACAAGUGGUCAAGGCUGAGCAAGAGCCAGCUGAGGCUUAUGAAGGGCUUGAUAGAGGGGAAAACCAGCUGCAAGGGCACAGCAUCAGUGAUAUUCUGACAACAUCACAGACUUUAGAUGCAGUGCUUCUGACACCAGAGCUGGUGGGGCCUCCAAGACAGCUGUCCAGCAGUCCUUCAUCUCUUCAGAAUAUUAAUUCUGCAGAAACAGAUUUGCCAGUUACCAUUCAAGAAUUUUCUCCAGUUCCUGAUCAAGUAAGAGGAGAGCCCAGGGCCUCAUCAGGACUUGUAAAUAAUAGACAGAAGAACUAUGAAAACUCAAGGUACUACCAUGGGAGUAGCAUUACUGGAGGGCUGGUGAAGGGUGCUAUGUCUUUUGCUGCUUCUGCCUAUAAGGCCCUAUUUGCAGGGCCACCAGUCACUGCUCAGCCUAUAGUUUCUGAAGAUCAGACAGCAGUCCUGAUGGCCCAUCUGUUUGAAAUGGGGUUCUGCGAUAGGCAGCUGAACCUGAGGCUGUUGAAGAAGCACAACCAUAACGUCCUGCAGGUUGUGACUGAAUUAUUGCAGAUCAACAAUAACGACUGGUACACUCACCGCUAUUGAGGAGCUGCCUUCGACUUGAGGGAACUGUUGUAUUAAAUAACUCAGCCUGCUGCUCAGAGAUGACUUUAUUCUGUUAUUGGGGUGUGGGGUAGAAGGACCUUGCUUCCUUAUUUUUAAGAAGAGUCUGAUAUGUAGUUCAUCGUUGCAACUUCAUCACCUGCAUCACAGUAUUCUUUGGAUCCAAUCAAAGACCAGAACUUAAAUUUUUACUUUAGACUGGAUUAGUAGGAAGACAAUUUAAAAAUUGAUUUGGAUUAAUGACUCUUUCUUUCCCCACCUAUUUCUCCCUUUUAGAGAGCAUUGAAGACUAUGGUUUGAACUUUAUUUAGAACAAAUGUUGUUCUUGUAUUGAAGUUGAGUAUGUUUGUCUGGUUUUGAUAUUUUUGUCUGGUUGGUUUUGAUGUGUUGUAAUUCAAUAUGAAAGCCCCUGGGAAAAGAUUAGGCUGCUAUUAAGUUAGUCUUAGAGCUCCUUUAACUUUCAAAGGGCAGCCUCACUCAUGGGUGUUGAAAUAACACCCCAAGCCUAGUACUGCUAUUAUCAUAUAAAGUAUACUUGGUGAAGGAAAAAAAAGAUCACUUCCUUACAUAGAUAGAUAGCAGUUACUGGAAAUUCUUGUUUUUCCAAAGAUUCCCGGUAACAUAUUAAAGAAUAACCACCAUUUUCAUUUCUGGAUUUUAGUGGUGUAAGAGGUAGAAAGAGUUAAUUACCUUACCAGCACCUACUGAGUAGCAUUCAAUUGUAGUCAUUUUACAUGCUUUUUUCUUUAAGGAACAAGUUUUUAAGAAAAAUAGGUAGAACAAAAUAUUUUGCUAACAUAAGUAGAUUAUAGUGGGGAGGUAAAUUUUAAUGAUUACCUUUUCCCCCUAAGUAAUGAUAAUGGAGAGAUCCUCUUAUUUUGCAAGAGAGGAGGAGAGAAAUAGGAAUAUUUUUAAAGAGAAAGGCAGGGUCCUGUAUUUCAGUGGAGUUUGGAAUGGAUAAAUGAGAAUAUGUGGCACAGGAGUACUUUUCUUCUAACAGAAACCGGUGAGAAGUAGUAUUGGGCCCCCCUAUCCCUAAUUGGGCCAAUAAAAUAUGGAGAAAGGCUGAUACACAAAUGGAUUUUGCAAAGUGUUACGGAACAGUUCAGCAGUACAAUCUUGUUCAGGAUAUGAAGUUAAAGGUUUGGGUUUAAUCCCAUUUAACCCCAUUUGGAUUCCAGUCAGUCUUGGGUGUGGUCUGAGAAGGGAGAAGGAUGUAACAUUUUAGAAAAAUUACUGAAAUAUUCAUUACGAAGACAAUGGAAAAUCUGGCCCCCUGACCGGGGUAUUUGAUUCUAGGUGGGAGGGAUUGGUUGCUGAAUAGUGUUAUUUUAUUUACCUGGUUGGUAUUUAUAAUUAACAGGAUGAUUAUAAUCAAUCAUUAGCCGUGAAUAAGGAAAAAUUAUUUACAGUAUAACCCAGAAUGCUAUUAAAUAAAGCCGUGGGAUGCAGAUUGGCUAGGAAGCUCAUUUUCUUAUUUAAAACGUAUUUUUAUAGGGGCUCCUAGGCAAAGGGCCGACGAUCAGGGCACCUGAGACUUGCUGUUUGCAGAAAAAGCCCUUUGAGCAACUCGUGGGCUUUAUGGUGGGGGUCCAGGUGGCGCACCGGGGCUGGGCCACGCACUUCUGCAGCUGUAAAGCAACCUGUUGUUGAAAUAGUCUAAUAAAGGUCGCUUAAACUCUUA